AUGAGCGUGUCCGUGGACCGCCUGGGGAAUGGCGCCGCGUUUUGUCUACGGGACGAGCUCUCGGGCACGACUGUUCUCUUGGGAUGUGGCGAGGCAAAAGACCUUUCCUUCUCCUCUGUAGACGAGGCGAACGCCGAGGACAUGGACGCUGUGAAGACGCAGUACCGACGCGAAUUGAAAGAUCUGAUGCGACGCGAAGGGAGUAGUACUCUUGCUGCUAUUCUAGUACCGGAUUACCGUCCUGUCGCUUGUUAUAUGCUUCCAUACAUUACGGAAAAGUGCGGGCUGUCCUGGGUGACCUCGAGCGCUACAGUCGCUCAAGACUCGAGCCUGAAACAGUCCCCAGUGAUCAUAAUGACGCACGGUACACGAGCAAUUGCGCCACAUGUUCUCACUGAGUAUUGGACUGGAUGUCACGGCAAGGUGAAGGACAGAAGUAGCACCGCAUCAGCUCUGUACGACGUCCACGAUAUAUCUCCGGCCUUGAAUCGAGCCAAAGCAGUUGCAUUGAAGGCUCGUGUGAGGAUCAAUGAUCACUUGAGUGUCACGGCUUUUCACGCGGGUCAUGUAGCGGGCGGAUGUGCUUUUUACUUGGAGAUUGGAGGCACGACGGUACUUUAUGCCAAUGACUUUAACUUCACGGGUGGGCGAGUGCUUUUGCCAGCACAGAUUCCACGAUUAGAACCCUGUGCAUUGAUUUGUCGCAGCUCAUUUGCAGUGACCGUGUCGGAGACGCAAUGUGCCAUGGAGAGGGAGCUUGUGAAGGUUAUUCUCGAGUGUAUCAGCUCGAAGGGAAAAGUAGUGAUUCCAAUCUACCGGCUGGGAUACUUUCACGAGCUGGUUACGAUUUUGCUGGAUCACUGGCAGCAGAUGAAGGAUGCUGCGGGAAAGUCGGGGCGGUGCCCUAUCUACGUAUCGGACGCAGGGAUGGAGUAUCCAAGCAAGUACUUGCGUGUGCUGUCUCGCACAUGCACUCCUGCCAUUCGAAGUUUGCUGCGGGAAAAGUCUUCGCAUGGUGUUGAUCUGCAGGUGUUUGAUUGGGCUCGGCUUCAACAGCCAGGACCGUUUGUGCUGUUCACAGGACCGGCCAACAUAUCGCAGGGUGAUUCACUGCGUGCUAUUAAGGCUGUUGCAAGUGAUCCGAAGAACCUGAUCGUCCUCUCGGAAUAUUGUACACCUGGUACAGUCAACUAUUUGCUGUAUGCAGAUCCUGAGCGAAAGCGCAUCAGCAAGCGUCUUGGAGUGAAUGUGGAAUGCGGAGUACACUAUCAGCCUUGUGGUGAUGAAGUGGAUACCAAGAGCAUUGUCCAGCUCGUAUCACGUGUCACGCCACGGCAGGUAAUUCUCGAUUAUAGUGCCGAGAAUGAUCUUGAAUUCGUGAAGAUGCACGUCCUAAACGAGCUGAAGAUGGAUCCGGCUGUCGACACCAACGUCGUGGUGAGAGGAAUAAAUCCCACAGGUCGAACACCUAUCGUACCUGAUCGAGACAUACCUCUGCGCAUUCACAAGGCUAUGUUUAACAACCCCUCAGAUGUGCAGGGUAUGCUGAUCGCGGAAUCAAAGCGAAAGCUGAUGCUACUGUCGAGUGGCAACGGUGCACGGCGUUUGAAAAAGAAGAAACACUCGCUCCUGUUCUCGUACUCGUGGAAAAAGCCGCUCCAGCCUUCCCCUCGUGUGAAGAAGAAAAGCCAGCGCCCCGCAUCAGCAUUGUCGUUUCUCCUCUCAGCAGCUGUGGAGUCAGCUGAUGAAGAAGAAGAGGAACAGAGUGAGCAGCAGCCUCAAGCGAGCGUGGAUCAGCUUCUGCAAUCACUGGAGGCCAGUCUGGCCAAGUGGAUGUGCGAUGUGCCUAUCGAAAAGAUUGACCGCUGGUUGAAGCUCCGAACGGUAGGAGUGGCAGUGUCUGCCGAGUGGGAAGUCCACAUGGAAUGGUCUUACGACGACGAAGCUUUAGCUGGUCGGGUGCUUGGCAUUGCCAAGCAAGUCGUUUACGCGGAAUACAAAACACAGCUUGCAAAGUAG